AUGAUGAAAAACUAUCGAAUUUUGGCUUUUCUUCUUCUUGUUCUGAUUUUGGAGACCGCCGCGACUCCAGAAUCCACUGGUGGUGACGUGGAAUCAACAGGUGUAGUGUCGUCUGAGUCGAAGCCUGAUGUCAUUAUCAAAUUGAUAAAAAGAGGAGCUGCUGAAAGACUCUCCAACAGUUCUGAUGAACUUCCUCGAGACAAAAGAAGAAGCAGUAGCAAGAAGAACAAGGGAAGAAAAGUUGGAAAGUAA